AUGCCAAACAAGAAGCGCCGCAACAAGAGCGCCCCCGCCCUCGACUUCGAGCUCCCCCCCACAACCCUUGCCUCCACUACCAACCUCUCAAGCACAAAGUCCCGCCUCCGCGCCAAGCGCAACCGCCGCGCCAAAAAUACCUUCGAAUCCCAAGACGACACGCCUAAAGCCUUCACACGCCUCCUCGCCUUCGCUGCCGACCCAGACCCCAAAGAUGCAAAGGAGCAGAAAAUGAAAGACGCCGCAGACCAGCUCACGAUCCAGCCCGGCGAGUCGCUAAGCGAGUUUAACCGCCGCGUGGACGCCUCGCUGCCCGUUGACCUGAAGGUUGCGCGGGAGCCACGGAAGCCGAAGGCCAAGAAGGCAGCUGAUGCCGCCAAGGCCGCUCCCGCGCCCGAGCUUGAAGACGAGGGCGACUAUAGCGAUGGCGAGGGCGGUGGCGGCGGGGGGAGGAAGCGGCGGAGGGCGGCGUCGCCGGAUCCGUGGGCCAUACUAGCGAGUAAGCGGGAGGCGCCCAAGUUUGGGGAUGUUGCGCCGGCGCCGCCUAGUCUGGCAAGGCCGAGGGAGGUGCUGCAUAGCAGGGGGAUUGUGGAUGUGGAUGGGGUGCCGAAGAGUGCGGGGAGCAGGGCGCGGAGGGAGGGGCUUGCGGUGGAGAGGAAGGGCGUGGUGGAGGCGUAUCGGAAGCUUAUGCAGGGGAAGAGGGGAGAGGAGGUGUAG